AUGCGCACAAGUCUCGUGUCCGUCCUCGGCCUGCUGGCGCUCACCGCCGGCGGCGUCGACGCCGUCCCUUACCGCGGGCGCACCAGCCCAGCGCUCCACCCGCGCCAGAACGGCCCAGGCGGAGGCGCCAACGGCGGGGGCAACCCCAUCGGUAUCGACACCGCCUUUGGCGGUAACGGCCCUCCCGGGUCGCCGCACAACCCCAACGCUGCGGCCCCGGCCAAGGCACUCUCGCUCAACGCGGCGCCCCCCCAGCCCAAGCCGCGCGACGGCGGCGACGCUGCUGACGGCGCCAACGGGGCCGAUGGGGCGAACGGUGCCAGCGGCGACAACGCCAACGCCAACGUCGGCGCUGCCCCCGCGGAUGCGGCGGCCCCCGCUGCUGCCGCCGCUGCUGGCCAGCCGGGUGCCGGCGGUGCUGGAGGCGCUGGCGGUGCCGGUGGUGCUGGUGCCAAAGGUGGCAAGGGCGGCAAGGGUGGCGCCGGUGGCAAGGGUGGCACUGGUGGCGCUGGUGCGACCGCUUCCCCCGUGACCGUCUACACCACUGUCACUGUCACGCCGACGACGUGUACGAGCAUUUCGUCGACGACGACUAGCUCGUCGACUACCACGACGACGAGCUCGACCACCACGACCGUCUCUUCUACCACUGUCUCCUCGACCACCGUCUCCUCGACGACCGCCACAAACAUCUCGUCGACGAUCACCUCGUCGUCCACGUCGACGUCGGUGAGCAGCAGCUCGUCGCUCGAGCCGUCGAGCACCACCACCGCGCCCAUCGUCGUGCAGAGCUCGCCCAAGCCCGAGCUGGUGCGCGGCGUCAACCUCGGCGGGUGGCUGGUGUUUGAGCGCUGGAUCCGCGGACAGCACUGGGCCGACACGCUGCCCGGCGAGAAGUGGGACGACUCGAACCCGACGUACAUCCGCGACGAGUACAUGUUCGGCAAGAUCCAGCCGCGCGCCGACGCCGAGCGCUGGAUGCGCGAGCACUGGGACACGUUCGUGACCGAGGACGACUUCCGGCUGAUCGCCGGCGCGGGGCUCACGCACGUCCGCAUCCCGAUCGGAUACUGGGCGUUCGAGCUGCGCCCAGAGGACACGUUCAUCCAGGGCGCCAAGGAGUACCUCGACAAGGCUAUCGGCUGGGCACGCAACCACAACCUCAAGGUCAUGGUCGACCUGCACGGCGUCCCCGGAGGCCAGAACCACUGGGACCACUCGGGCCGCCUCAACGACUUCACGUGGUACAACAAGCCGUACCACGUCGCCCUCGGGAACAAGGUCAUUGCGGAGAUUGCAAAGACUUACUACGGGCCCCAGUACAAGGACGUCGUUACCCACCUGUUCAUGCUCAACGAGCCCGACUACAACUCGGCACAAGGCCACCAGGACGAGUUCGCCGCCGCGCUGUACAACAUGACGGACGCGACGUACACCGCGCUGCGCAAGGACGCGGGCAGCGACGCGUGGCUCGUGCUCCACGACUCGUGGAAACCCGACACCAUGUGCUGCACGCGCUUCCUGGACGGCAACCACACCAAGCUCAUGGGCGACAACCACUACUACCCGAUCGUGUUUGACAACGGGGAAAAGUGGGCGAACGCGACGAUCAAGGACAUUAUCAACCCGAUCUGCGGCGCGACCGGCGGCCGUAACACCUGGCACAUGCCCGUCGUGACGGGCGAGUGGAGCCUGGCCACGCCGGCAAAGUACCCGUUCAACGACAUCGACUGGUUCGAGGGCGUCACCAUGCUCUGGGACGCGCAGACGCAGCUGUUUGAGCAGUACGGCGUCGGGUGGACCUUCUGGACGUGGAAGAUUGACGGCGGCGGAGCCUGGUCCUUCAAGGACCUGCGGUACUCGGACGGCGUCGUCCCCAAGGACCUCAACUACCACAAGUACAAGCUCAAGGACCUGUGCCCCGAUGCGCCGCCUCCGCACCCAUGGCUCGGCGGGCAUUAA